AGGCUCUUCUUUCUUUCUAGUCUACGUAUGUUUUGUUUAGUCAUUUUCUAUACUGCUGCUGCGUCAAACCCAUUCUGAGAUUAUUCAGUAGUCGUGACCGCGCGCAAGAGGGGGAGGACCGGAUUAUAACCGAUCAAAAGUCGGUACCCUUGACACACAAGUCUGAAUCAUCGCUAUCACGAAACCCACUUCAACCGUGACAAUUGAGAAGGCGCUGACUCAUGAAGAGCUCCCUGAAAGCCCGAACAAAUGUUGCGCAGCCUCCUGGCACUAAAGUGACACCUGCUGGUUCGAAUGUGUCAUUGCAUGCUGCCACAAAUUGCACGCACCGGUUUGUUUUGGUAUUUUCUUAGGGACAUAGAUUUAUUGUUUUAUACUGACGUAAUCGCUUUCUUUAUCACAGUAAUCACACUUGCAGAAACCUUUUUGCUUUAAAUAAGCACCAUUUAGUAAUAUUAAUAAUAUUAGUACUAAUAUAUAAAUAUUGUGUGGACAUAUUGGAGAUUCAUGAUUUAUGGGAAUUUUCCUUACCCAUAAUGAUUUAUGCUGUAGAUUAUCUAUAAUUUGUCCCUUAUCCGUCCUUCUAAAUCUCCUUUACGCAAAGAAAAUAUAUUUUCCUAUAUGAAUGAACUAUUAAAUAUAUUAAAUAAUUUAAAUUAUGUUGCAUGAUAAAUAAGAAAUAGAUACUUUUCGUGUAAAAAAUUAAGCAUUUAAUUCAAAUCAAUUUAUUUGAGAAACUUAUUAUCUAAUAUAUCACAUUUUAUUUUCCAUUACAUUGAGAUAUUUUUGCUACUAAAGGACUUAAAGAAAACUUUCUGUAAUUUUAUUUAAAAAACAUUGGGUCCCCAGAAUGAUGGGUUAACCAAGAACAACCACACACAGAAUGAGUGCGAGCACAAGAGACGACACCAGAUACAACAUGAUGGAAACUAAAAGAAGGUCAAAACACGCGGCUUCUCGGUAACCGUCCGAUGUAAUGACACUCUGUUUAACACAUUUUGUCUACUGUGUCCACCGUAUAACAACGUUUGAACAAAACCACCUGCAAUUGUAUAAGGGCUCAAGUCAAAAGAUUGCAGAAAUGCAUUUUCUCCAACAGUGGUUUUGUUUGUUGGUUUAAGAAAAAUAUUGAAAUAAAUUUUUUUGUGAAUUCUUUUUUUUUGUGGUCUUGUGAAGCUCCUACGGUGAACACAAUAAAAUGGUAUACAUUAGGGUAAAUGUAGAUCUCAAUUGUGGUGUGCCAUUGACGAACAGCCCGAAUACUGGUGACCUUUUCACGCUUCGUGUUCCUCGGUGACCCCUGCAGUGUAACAAGACCUCAGAAGAUGAAACAGUCCAGCAUUACCUGAUCCACACGACAAAAUGCUGCCGCACACCUGCUCAGGUGUCAGUUUGUGCUGGAGAGCAGGUGUGGCAGGAGAACAGAAACAAGAUCACUCAGAAGAACAGUUCACUUGCCCUCUUUAGCCAAGAAUCAACUGUUGGAAGAUACUGGAUUCAUAAACGUCAAAGCGUUUGGUCUAAUUUAUCCAGGAUGGAGAGAAGAUGAGAGCAGAGUUAUGGCUUCUUCUCAGACAGCAGGAGAGACAGAGCCGACAGCUUCAGAUGGAGGUGAAACGGACCCACCGCUGGACAGAGCUGAGUCCGGUGUCCUUGAGGUGGUCUCUGUUACAGACGAGGACCUUCCUGUCGUCGAGACCCCCACCACGUUCAACGUGAGUUCUUUCAGCAGUCAACGUAGCCGUUCCAUUCACUUCUACGACCCGGAGACGCGGGAUCCCCACGUGCCUGUCGAAUUGCCCGCCGAGACGUCUGCCCCACUGCCUGUGUAUAAAACAUAUAACAUACAGAUCCCACCGAGCCCAGGUGUGCCCAUCAUCAAGGUCCAACCCUUCCUUGCUGGAGGGGAACUGUCAGGCUUUAAAUCUCUGUGUUGGCCGUACGUGUCUCGCAGGUUGCUGGCGCUGCUCAUUACUUUGGCUUUGUUGAUAGUGCUGACUCUGGUUCUAGGGAUCGGUUUGGGAGUGGGUCUGCGGAAUUGUUCUGGAAAGUUUCGCUGUGUGCUGCGGUGUAUCAGCAGGACGGCUGUGUGUGAUGGGGUCGACGACUGUGUGGAUGGGGAAGAUGAGCUCAACUGUGUGCGUGUAAGUGGCAGGAGCUCUGUGCUGCAGGUGAACAGUAGGGGCUUAUGGAGGACUGUUUGUUUUGAGGGCUGGGAUUCAAAUCUGGGUUCUUCAGCCUGCAGACAACUGGGAUACAACAGUUACGUAAGCUCUAACUCCAUUCCCAUCACCUCCAUUGAAGAUAUCUUCCAGAAAAACCUAGUGGCUCUUAAUAUUAGCCAUCCAGCCCUUCCAGAAACCUUUAAGAUCCACAACUCUUCCUACCUCAGAAAGACUCGAUGCAGUUCUGGCAAAGCAGCUGUUCUUAAAUGUAUAGACUGCGGAACCAGGCCAGCAGUCAGGAGUCGUAUUGUAGGGGGCAAUGUUUCGGGCCCUGGUCAGGUACCAUGGCAGGUCAGCUUAUAUUACCAGAACCAGCAUUUCUGUGGAGGGUCAGUCAUUAGUGACCGGUGGAUAGUCACCGCUGCUCACUGCGUCUACGGUUUUGCUCAGCCGGUGUUAUGGGGAGUGCAUGCUGGGAUAUCAGAUCAUCCAAUGAGUGGAGCCGUCGCUGUGGAGAAAAUUAUCUUCCAUGCCAACUACAAGCGAAAUGGACUCGGUUAUGAUAUUGCGUUGAUAAAGCUAAAGCAGCUUCUGACUUUUAACGAUCAGCUGUCUCCCAUCUGUUUGCCCACGCACGGCGAGACCUUUGAGACGGGACAGAUGUGUCUGAUCUCAGGCUGGGGAGCCACAACAGAUGGUGGAGAGAGCAGUACCUCCCUUCAGAGCGCUCAGGUGCCCUUACUCUCCAGCAGACAGUGCCGAAGGCCAGGUCGCACCUCAUGGAACAUCUGCGCAGGAUUCCUGCAAGGUGCCGCUGGUGGAUGUCAGGGGGACAACGGAGGGCCGCUGGCUUGCCGCGGGUCAGCGUGGACGCUGGUGGGGACAGCCAGCUUGGCUCAGAGCUGCGGACAGAAAAACGAACCGGGCGUUUACACAAGCAUAACUCAAAGUCUCACGUGGAUACAUCAACAAAUGGAGAAAGAAGAGGAUCGAUGAGGUUCGGCUCUUCUGGGACUUCUGAAGAUGUGGCACGAAUUAGCACACAAACGUGGAUUUAAGAUUAUGUCAAAUAAUGUCAAUGGGCAGAGACAGAGGCACACUACAGUUAAGAACUGAAAUGCAUAGUUAUAUGAAUGUAUUUUAUAAUGUAAGCUUGUUAUUUAGGUGGAAACCACCUUUGAGUAUCAUACUGAAUGAGAAAAUGUUCUAAACCAGAAUGUUAUAUUUAUGAUGUUAUGAUUUUAACACUUUAAUAUUUAUUGCACAUUACUCAUUUUGAAAUUUUAUUUUAUUACAUCCAUCAGUAGUUCUGUGUAAGUUUGUAUUUAAGGCCAAACAUUAACACAACGAUUAGAUAAAGUUGACAUCACAUGUUAUAACAUGAUCCUUGUUAUACUACAUUGACAUCCAGUCUAUAUUCAUGCUUCUGCUUUGAUUUGUAUUCAGUUCAAAGAAAGUAAAUUAUUAACGGACGUUACAUAGUAUCACAAAAGAGUAAUGCAAUGUGAAAGAUAAUCCUAAUAAACAUUUGUUAUUGUUA